AUGGCGAAUUCGACAAAUUACCAAGAGCUUGUGAAACACAUUGUAAAUGGUACAUUUGAACAUAAUUUUUGUCGGAUAUGUCUCUCACCGUUAGAAGAUCUUUACGAGGAUGUUUUCACUUAUGUUUGUAAAGAAAACCAGGAAUAUUGUGUAGCAGAUGUAUUGGAAAUGGUUUGUCGUAUACGGCUUUCCGCAGUUCCUAGCUACAAAGUAUGUCCAAGCUGUUUCAUUGCAGCAUCAGAAGCUUACAAGUUCUAUUUAUUAACUCAAAAAACUGAGGAAAUACUGAAUUAUUAUGUCAACGAAUUAAACAACCAAAUCGAGCAAAUAGACGUACCAGAAAAUUUAUCCGCAGAGUCACUUUGUAUAACUUUGCCAUCUAUUGAUACAUCAACAUACAAAUACGAUUUUAAUAUUGAUAAUUUUCCAUUUGAAAGUGUUUCUGACGUAAAGAAUUUAAACUUGCACAACGAUGUUAAGAAAGUAAAUGUUGAUCGAGAAAUUAAAACGGAAGUAAAGAGUGAGCAAGGUACUGACGAAAAUAUAUUGAUUAUUAUGGGAGAGAAUGGUGAACCAUCAUUUUAUAAGCCUCAGAAAGAUGGAACUUUGUUACAUCUUGAAAACAAUCCGAAUGAUAUCGGUGAAGCGUUGAAUGAAAUACCAGAACCAAGUGUCAAGAGGAAAAAGAAACGGAAACGGAAUCCAAUGGAAUACAAGAUGUGUAGUAGAUGUCCGAUCAGAUACAGAUUUGUUAGAAAGCUGAAAGAACAUAUGAAAGAGGAACACGGUGUUGAUCUGUUUGUUUGUAAGGUAUGCCAGGCUAUAAUAGAAGAUGAACAAGAAUUCAACAAUCAUUUACAGACACACACAGGAAUACACACAUGUGCUAUAUGCAACACUGUAUUUAAGAAACGCGAAACGAUAAUAGCACAUUUUAAAUGGCAUGAGGAAAUGAAAAACUUGAGUAAAUUAGAAGGGGCGCAUGUUUGUGAAAUAUGUGGCUUGAUUCUUAAAAGUGCAGAGCAUUUAAAUGAACACAAUGAACAGAAACACGUAAAGAAAUACACAUGCUAUUAUUGCGGGCGAAUGUACAAAGGGGAGAUUAGCUUCGAAUUGCAUAUAAAGAAACAUGAAAUGAACAAUGAUAUCAAACAAAGCCCGGGUAAGAUAAGUAAGGAGUCAACGAAGAAAAAACGUAAAUACACUUGUCCUACUUGUGGAAAAGAUUUUGUGGAUGAGAGGGCGUUACUGUGGCAUGAGAGGUUACAUACCAAUGAAAGACCUUAUGUUUGUGAUGUGUGUGGACGUGGUUUCGUGUCUCUAAAUCGUCGCAAUCAACACGCAGUAUGUGCCCAUACAGCCCCAGCACGCCGGUGUCCACUUUGUCCAGCGUUAUUCCAUCUACGGUCUAUGGUCAACACACAUAUUAAAAAGGUACACCUCAAAGCUCACAAACGCAAAAACCGUUCAACCAAACAUCAGAAUGUAUUUUGGAAGACUGAGACAGUUCCGAUUCAGGAACUCAGUGUGUCCAUACAAAAUGAAAUAUUGGAAUUACAAGCAGCUCAAAAUGCAACUACGCAUCCAACUAAAUGGUGACAACAUAUUUCAUAGAGAAAAAAAAUGAAUGUAAUGAAACAGUGCCCACAUGACAUUGGUCAAAGGAUUUGUAAUAAAUUGACAGAGCUGAUGAAGAUUAGAAUUAAAGUGAAGUGCAAAUUUUGUAAAUAUAAAUUGUUUGUCAUAAUUCAUAAUGUAAUUUGAUAGUUGUAAUUUAAUUUGCUAAAAAAAUUUAAAAUAUACAAUUCUUUUAAAACAA